AUCAUUUAGAAAAAAAUUCUAAAUUACUCAUUUAUUUUUUUACUAAACGAACAGCAUCGACCUGCUUUAUAUGUGAUCAUCUUAUCUGAGUAAUUCGGUCAUUUGUUCUGAUUGUAGGGAGAAUUUACACCUUUAUCCCUAAACUGGACUGAUUGGUGUGUUUUUUCCUCCACAUCCUUAAAACAAAAAUCCGUGAGUGUCGGGUUUUCUUUAUUCUUUGUUUGGUUCUGUUGCGUGAUGGCUUUCCUGGCACGCACCUCCCCGUGGCUCCCAUCAUGACUUUAAUUGUCAUCCUCCUCGGGCCUGAAGCCACAUGGCCUGAAAGAUGCUGGAAACGUUUUAUUGACCACGGUGACAUCCCGUUAACCCUAUUACCAAAAGAAUACGCACGGAUCCGUCCCACUGAUCGUGCUCCCUCGGGCCCCCAAAAACCAAAGCUGAGCUACAUCAGGCUGAGUUCUAAUUAAAACAAAACAGAAAAGAAAAAAAAACGCAGCAAAGAACGAGAGAAUUAUUAAAUCGUUAGUCUCGCCACGGGAAGUGGUAUUUCGUUUUCCCUUUCAAUUAGAGGCUGAUUGGGCUUUUCAGAGGAGGUCAGCUGUGAAAUCUGGAUUAUUUACGCGCGGACUCGAAGACUUUACGCUCUUCUCUGCUUGUCUAUAAUCGGACUACUUGAUUUUAAAUAAGAUGAGUGAAAAGCAACAGCUGCGUAAAAAGAGCUACCAGAAAAAUGACAGUAAAUAUUUGACCACUGGAGCUCUUUCCCCAUCACCAGCAGACGGCGAUAACAACGCGUUACCCCCCAAUUUCACCUCAUUAAAUGGCCAUCCAUCUAUAUGAACCUCUCCUCUGGGAAUAGAUUUUAUUCCUUAAAAAUAAAUCUGUUUGGUACCAUUUCCUGUCUUACUUUGAAGGACAAAAUUUAUUUUUAAAUGAUUCCAUUAGAUCGUCCUGCUGGGGUAGAUUACAUGUGAUUGUUUUCUAUUUUAAGUCCACAGAGGCCUGUUUUGUCACUGUUAGGCUGAUUUAAUUACUAGUGGGAGUUUUUGAAAGCUCAAAUAAGAAAAUAAGAGAAAUUAUUUUGGAGCACGUUACAUUUUGUAAGAUUUGGGUGAUUAAUUCAACUUCUAGGAAGUUUGACUCGUUGUAAUGGGAGAUAAAAACCCACCAUUCAGCCGCUUCAUCGAUGCAACUACCAAAUCUUAGUUAUUUUUGUCGUUAAAGUCUCUGAGAGCCUGUUUGAAAUGUUCAAAUGUUGCUAUUUGUGGGAUUGAUCCUCCUCACUGCCUCCUCCUCCUUCUUCCCCUCCUCCUCCGGUGUGUUCUUCCUCUAUGGUCCUCUAGUCACCUGACUGAACGCCAUGCAAAUCAUUCUGCUGCUUCAGCCCUAUUGGACGCUUGUGGCUCAUUUAACCGCUGUCAGUGCGCAUCAUAUGGCCGCCGCUUUAAGCAACUUCUCAACUCAAACAGGGAAAGUGGCUCAAAUGCGCAUUCUGUCAGACUGGAUGUGAAGCAACCCAGAAGACAAGGUGAAAUACUUACUGGAGAACAUUUUAUCUGCCUUCUCGGAUUAAUUUUCAAAUGCUAUUUGUGUCCUUUGGGGGUUAGAAUAUUAAUUAAAGUCAGCCGCAGCGCGCUCGAAGUUGUGCGCGCCUGCCAGCUCCUCAAAAAAAGAACUUUUUUUUCUCUCUGUUGGUGGCGAAGUUUAAAACCGGGUGAAUGUAUAGCAUGAUGAUGGAAACUGACCUCCAUUCCCCCGGCCCCCAAACGAACACAAACACGGGGCAAACGGGGCCGAACAGUGGGUCCAAAGCGAAUCAGGAGCGAGUGAAGAGACCCAUGAACGCGUUCAUGGUGUGGUCCCGAGGGCAACGGAGAAAGAUGGCACAGGAAAACCCCAAGAUGCACAACUCGGAGAUCAGCAAGCGGCUGGGCGCAGAGUGGAAGGUGAUGUCGGAGGCGGAGAAGCGUCCCUUCAUCGACGAGGCGAAACGGCUGCGAGCCAUGCACAUGAAGGAGCAUCCGGAUUACAAGUACCGGCCCAGGCGGAAGACCAAGACUUUGCUGAAAAAGGACAAAUAUUCCCUCGCGGGUGGACUGCUUUCUGGGCCCGGCUCUGGAGGUGGAGUUGGUUUAGGUGUCGGCAUGACUUCAUCCGGGGUCGGCCAGAGGUUAGAGAGCCCCGGGGGUCACGGAGGCUCCGCCAGCUCCGGCUACGCGCACAUGAACGGCUGGGCGAACGGUGCGUACUCGGGGCAGGUGGCUGCAGCUGCGGCAGCCGCGGCGAUGAUGCAGGAGGCUCAGCUCGCCUACAGCCAGCACCCCGGCAGCGGAGCGCACCACCACCACCACUCACACCACCACCACUCGCACAACCCGCAGCCCAUGCACCGCUACGACAUGACCGCCCUGCAAUACAGCCCCAUCUCGAACUCUCAGAGCUACAUGAACGCCUCCCCCUCCAGCUACGGCGGGAUCACCUACACGCAGCACCAGGGCUCCAGCGUCUCCUCCUCGGCUGCCAUGGGAACGUUAGGGUCACUUGUGAAGUCGGAGCCGAGCAUGUCUCCCUUUUUGGAAUGGCACCUGCAACCUGUGGAGGUUUUUGAAACAAGGGAAAAGUGACCAUCACAGCUAUCAGCCGUGGAUCGGCGAGGAAGGACUGUGAUUUACAGAUAGCACCUUGUCUCUCCUGCUGGCACCCCGUCAUUACACCGAGCUGAGCACUGGGAGAUAGGUGCUGCGAACAAGAAAGGACCUCUUCUGUAAAUGUCAACGCCAGUCAGAGCCUCAAAUUUUCUCCAUUAACUCUUUCCCCUGCAGUUCUCCAUACUCUAAGCCAAUAAUUACAUGACUUACUCCCUCCUAUUACCAAAUGUUUGGGGUCUAAGUGAUGUUAGAACAUCUGGACAACACACACUCAAAGGAAAAUAAAGCUAUUUGCCAUUUAAUUUAUCUUUCACUGUCUUAAUAGUCUUCUGCUGGCAUGUUUUCUAAGAAGUCACUUUGUGUUCUGAUUUGCAAAAUUUGUCAAAAUUCUGUAUUAAAAGGUUUUAUGGUAUUAAUGUGACUAGAAAUAAGGCAGAAUGCAAACAGUCAGCGCAGGUACGGGAAAUUAAUUUCAUGCUUCAUUCUGUGUUCCUGCUUUUGACCAUGACCUGAAGUUAGUGUGUGGUUACGGUGUGAAAUAGUAAUUUCAGCUCAGAUUCUACGGCAAAAAAAUGUUUUCAUUAUGAAACCAUAAAAAAACACAAGUGCUUAUUAUUUGAAUAUGCAGUUAUGUUCUAAUUAAAUAUUUAUUUUGCAUGAGUGUGUGCAUGUGAUGGAGAUUUCUGUUUGGAUUGAGGGAUAAGACUUUGUGUGUAUGUGUGUGUGUGUGUGUGUGUGCGUGCGCGGG